AUGGAUGGAGUCUCCGAAUUUGCUGAGUACGUCUCCGAGACGGUGGAUGUUCCAUCACCCUUUGAUCUCCUGGAGCCCCCAACUUCUGGGGGCUUUCUAAAGCUCUCCAAGCCCUGUUGCUACAUAUUCCCUGGAGGGAGGGGCGAUUCAGCUCUUUUUGCUGUCAAUGGUUUCAACAUCCUGGUGGAUGGAGGCUCUGAGAGGAAAUCAUGUUUCUGGAAACUGGUCCGCCACCUGGACAGGAUUGACUCAGUUCUGCUGACCCACAUUGGGGCCGACAACCUUCCAGGCAUUAAUGGGCUCCUCCAGAGAAAGAUUGCGGAGCAGGAAGAGGAGCAGUCACAGGGCUCCACCAGUUACAGUGACUGGAUGAAGAAUCUCAUCUCCCCUGAGCUUGGAGUUGUUUUCUUCAAUGUUCCUGAGAAGCUCAGAACGCCAGAGUCCUCCAUGAAGGUCAAGAGAAGCAUUGAAGAGGCAAGCCUGACACUGCAGUACCUCAGCAGGUUGGGCGUGAAGCCAGAGCCGCUCUACAGAGUUGUCAGCAAUACCAUUGAGCCCAUCACCUUGUUCCACAAAAUGGGUGUGGGGAAGUUAGACAUGUACAUCUUGAACCCCGUGAAGGAAAGCAAGGAGAUGCAGUUUCUCAUGCAGAAGUGGGCUGGGAACAGCAAAGCCAAGACAGGCAUUAUCCUAGCCAGCGGGAAAGAAGGGGAGAUUUCUGUCCCCUACUUGACAUCCAUCACAGCCUUGGUUGUGUGGCUCCCAGCUAGUCCCACAGAAAAAAUAGUACGUGUUUUGUUUCCAGGAAAUGCUCCACAAAAUAAAAUUUUGGAAGGCCUCGAGAAGCUAAAGCAUCUGGAUUUUCUGAGGUAUCCCAUAGCUACACAGAAGGAACUGGCUUCUGGAAUGUCCUCACCUGCCCUGAAGCAGAGCAGGAUUAAACAUCGGACCGACAGCAAAGAGAGUCUCAAGUCCUCCGCCAAGCCGCCUGUGACCAAGGCAGCUGCUGAGGAAACAAAAGCCGAGACGCUAAAAGAGGCAAAAACUGAGAAAAAGGUAAAAGAACCCUCUGAAAAGCUCCCUGAGAAGCCUGCUAAAACAGAAAAGCUGAAAAUGGAUUCUAGUGACACCCUUAAAGCGGAGAAAAGAAAACUUGCCAAAGACAAAGUUGGCAAGAAACAUCUCAAGGAGAAAGUUUCCAAACUGGAGGAGAAGAGAGACAAAGAGAAGAAAGACAGUAAGAAAGAAAGGAAGGAAUUUAAGAAGGAUGAUGGAAAGAAAGAAGAGAAAAAAAAGGAAGCCAAACCAGAGUUGAAAAAAAUGUCCAAGUCCGACUUAAAGCCUUUCACUCCUGAAGUGAGGAAGACCUUAUAUAAGGCAAAGGUUCCUGGCAGAGUAAAAACUGAGAAAUUCUGCAACAAAGCCGAGAAGGACAUUCCUGCAGAACAAAAGCCAGUACUUGUGUCAACAAAACCUUGCCCACCUCAGGAACCAGGAGACCUGGUUGAGCAGCUUGUUUUGUCAUCGCCAGAAGACUUGACCAAGGACUUUGAGGAACUGCGGUCUGAAGAGCCAGCGAAGCCUCAGGGUGUGCUCACUACAGUCAAGAGAGAAGCUGACUUCAAGCAGUCAAGAGAACAAGGCCCUUGUGAAGUGGCUACUCAGAAGGAUGGCCUGAGGGCAGAAGAAAUCAGCCCCCAGAUGCCUCCUUCCCUAGCUGCACCAGAAGAGGAAAUAACCUCACCUAGAAGAGGAGCCGAAGAAGCAAGGAAAACGCCUGGGAGCCCUGACAAGGGAGCAGCCCUGGAGGAACCUCUUGAGAGAAGAGAAUGUGAUGAGAACUUUGCAAAAAGGGUAACAGCAGGAGAGGAGCGAGAUCAGAUGCUGGCACCCAGUGAUUCCCCAGGCCAGUUACCUCAGGAGGAAGAAGAAAUUACUGCGUCCAAGUGGAAGACUGCAGAGGCAAGAGAAGAUAGACAAACUCAGCAGGGGGAGGAUGUGAUAGAGAAGGCAGAGCUGGAAGGGGCCGAAGAGCACUGUGAGAAGGAAAAAGAUGAAGAGGUGGCGAGGAGAGAUUUUGCUCAGCAAGAAGGCCCAACCUUGCCCUCUGAGGAACAAAGGAAAGUGCUGAAGGAUGAACGGGCAAACCGAAGUAAAGUACCCGGAAGGCCAGCAAUGAUGGAGGAGGAGGAGGAAUCCUGUCUCGGCACUGCUCCUGUCCCACCAGGAGAACAUGUUUCCUACAUCCAGGAUGAAACCAUCCCUGGCUACUCAGAGACGGAGCAGACCAUCUCUGAUGAGGAGAUUCAUGAUGAGCAGGAGGAGCGGGUGCUGCAUCUCAAGCCGGACGUUGGCUCCUUUGAAGUUGCUGUCCCAAUCCAGAGAGGCUCCUUUGAAGCCAUCCACGGCUUGGCAGCUACUGCCACUGAAGCUGCCAAAGCCUUUGCUGGCCAAGAACCUGAAAUCCUCACCUAUCCCACAAACAUUGUGGCUGCCCCCUUGGCAGAGGAGGAGCACAUCUCCUCGGCCACGUCCAUCACAGAGUGCGACAAGCUCUCUUCCUUCGCCACAUCCGUUGCAGAAGACCAGUCCAUUGCCUCGAUAACAGCUCCACAGACAGAGGAGACCGGAAAAAGCUCUUUGCUGCUGGAUACUGUCAAUAGCAUACCUUCCUCUCGAACUGAGGCCACCCAAGGCCUGGACUACAUUCCCUCAGCUGGCACCAUCUCUCCCACAUCUUCACUAGAGGAGGACAAGGGCUUUAAGUCGCCACCUCCAGAAGACUUCCAUACACAAUCUGAAAGUGAGAGAAAAUUGGAAGCCAGCAAAAGGGGAUUGCAACAGGAGGAGGAGGAGGAGGAGGUGGAGGAGGAGGAGGAGACCCCCAACGUUGAGAGGCCUUGGAGAGCCGAGGGACAGUAUGAUGCCCCAGUGUUUUCUCAGCAAACCCCGCUCAGAGGUGGCUUAACUGAAGGGACCUUGGAAGGUGCUCAGGAAGACGUGUUGCUGCUGGACCAAGGAGGGGCCCCGUUACUACAAGUAGAGGCAGGCACUGUGGAGUCGGAGGAGCGAUGCCUGAGCCCUGAUGACAGCACAGUCAAGAUGGCAUCCCCCACUCAGUCAGGCCCCACCAGUGCUGGACACACACCAUUUCACCAGUCUCCCGUGGAGGAGAAGUUGGACACAGUAGAGACAGAACUGUUUGAAAAGGCAGCAGAAGCUCCCACAAAGUGGGAUGAAGGGGACCGCACUGGCAGCACUUUGGAAGGCGAGGGCAUUCCUGCCAAGCAACAGGCCUCGGCUCUUCUUCAGGACAAGCCUGGCUCAGGCAGCACUUCCUCCCAGCUAGCUGAGUUGAUACACUCCCAGACUGGCCAUCGGACUCUGCCCCUUGAAAAAGAGGAGCUGGCAAUAAGCUUCUACCACAAGCAAGAAACCUUUGACAUCUCUGAUCUGUAUCCUCCCACCAAAGAUGCACCUCUGGAGCCCAGAGAGAGCUCUCUGUCUAAGGGAGCCAACACCAACGAGGAAGUAUCUCCCAAAAGUGUACAGUGCUGUGGGGACGAGCUGUUGACUCCUGCAGAAAUCCCUCCUCCAAAUGGGUGGGAGGAAUUUGCAGACAGACCUGAAAAUGAACAUCCUUUGCAGACAUCCAUGAAAAAUAUUACAGAGGAAGGAAAACCAUUCCCUUUUACUGAAGAAAUCCCUGUGGAGGCAAAAUCUUCAUCUGAUUCCAUCCAAGAGGUAUCACAAGAAGAUGGGACAUCAUGGCAUUUCACAGACUACAACUUGGAUCAAGCAAAGUCUUUGAUCAAACAUGUUUCUCCAGAAAGUAGCAAAACUUAUGUGAGCCUUGGUGAAGAAGCCCCUUCACACUUGUUCACAGAACAGAUUUCUCAAGAAGACACUGAACAUCUAUUUACAGAAAAGUUCCCUGCUAAAAUGCCCUCACCAGACACAUUCACCAAAGAAUUCUCUCCUGAAGUGAGACACCAAACUGAUACAGAGCAGAGCUUAGCUAAAGGUGAAGAAUCAAAAGCUUCUGUCCAAGAGGACGUCCCCAAUUCCCUUUCCUUCCCUGUGCAAAGACCCUUUCAAGACAGCCACGCCACGCCUUCUGCAGAUCCUUUUCUAGAAAAUGCCGUGUCCUUUUCCCCAAGUGAAGAAAAGCCUAUCAAAGACAUGUCUCCAAGACACUCCUCCAGAGAAAUCUCUCCAGAGGUGAUGUCCUCAAGCUUCACAGAAGCAAGCCCAACUCUAGACAGGGAAACCUUGGCAGUUUCUUCUGGAGAGAUGAUGGGGCCUUGUUCAUUCCUGGAAGAAAGCCAAGACACAGAAGAUGAGCAGUCUCCAGAAAUGGAGGACUUUUAUCUGAAAGAUGCAAACCACGAGAAGAAAGUGUGGUUUCCAGAGGAGAUGAAGGACGGGCAAGGCGAAGAACAGCGGCCAAAGUAUGAGAAAGAAAGGGGGGAAUGCACCUUUUUGGAUGAUGACUUUGGGAGAGAUGAAAUCAAGACUCCACUUUCUGCAGUCGAAGAGGGAGGGAUUCCCUACUCUGUGGAGCACGAACUGGCAGAGAAAGACAUUUGGGAAGAAAUGAUCACUCGGAAGCAAGAAACUUCUCCCAAGAAUGGCUUUCCACAUAUGGGCGAUGAGCCCGUAGCUCAGCAGAUGACAGAGGAGCCUUCUGCUCAACUGGAGACAAAUGCUAAGCAAAGUGUGCUUGACGCAAAGGAAUCUGAAACACCUGACUUUGUGAUUCUGCCCUCCCCGGGGCAUGAGAGUGAGCCAACGUCCAGCCUGCAAUGGGCCACUCUAUCGCACCCACAGCGGGCCUUGGUGUCCACUGUGAUGGACAGCAGGGAAGAAGUUCCACAGCAGAUUGCCACCGAGCGAUGCUCUGACGCCAUGGGUGGAGCGGUGGGCGCCUCUCCACCACCUCCUGCUUUGGAAGUGGAGCAAGCAGAGCAGGCGAAGCCUUCUGCAGCGGACCAGAGCAUGGACAAAUUCCCUCCAGGAAUUGUAGAGAAGGGGUCAGAGGCUGAUGUUCUGCACAAAGGACAGGUGGACCACAAAGAGAGGCCAGAUAGGAAGCAAGAUACUGAGGAGAGCUCUUAUGAUCGCUUUGGGGAAAGUCACGCACAGAAGAUGGUGAGUGCAGCUCCUCUGAGCACAGCUGGAGAGCCAGAGGAAAAGCCACAGUCCCCUCCAUGGCAAGACCUCGGAGGAAGCAGAGCCUCUGCGAGCUCUUCACAGGGCACGAUCCCUCUGGGGCCUCUGGAGUGGCGCCUGCAGCCCAGCACUAUGGGCCCAUCCCAUCCUUUUGAGCUUUGCGAAUCCAUGGAGGAUGCCGAGGAGAGAAGGAAGGGGGAGAGAGAGCCAACCCCCUUUCCUCAUGAGAAGACGUUUCAGUAUGCAGACGUCUGUGGGGAGGACGUGACAGCUGGCAUCGGCUACUUCGGCAAGGAUGCCAUGCUCAAGGAAGGGAAAGCACCCAGGUCCCAGAAAGGCCCUCUGUACCCGAUCUCCUCCAAGGAAGAGGAGUCGUGCCGAUACACCUCUACUGAGAAAGAGCUCUCAUCUCCUGCCUCCCCCAAAGAUAGGGCAGAGGCCUUUUUUCAGUAUGCAGAAGAUCAUGAGCAUGGCCAUCCCGCCACAGAGAAGCGCAGCGACCCCUGUGGCUUGAUCUCCGGGUACAUGCGGCAUGAGGACAACCUUGCAAGCUCACCAGGCUUUCUUCCAGAAUGUCUGCUGAGCCCUCAGCCUGCAUCCCCUCUGGGAGACAAAGGUUCCUCCUGUCCCACCAAUGAUACCUUAAAGCAGGAAGAAACGGCUGUCUGUAGGGGAGAUGUGCCUGAGUCAGGUGCAAAUGUCAGCCCAGAGCCGAGGUCUCCUUUUGCAAAGCACUUCCAGUCCAAGGACGUUCAUCAUGAGAAAGCCAGAAAAGGAGAAGAGAGCGCCAGUGACUCAGAGUUGGAGAAAGGGGCCAAAGAAGAGUCAGAAAAAGAGUUUCAGUAUCCAGGGCUUUCCUCAGCUCUGAAGCCCUCCAGCGUGAAGGAGCCUUAUGUAGACAUUUCCGGACAGGAGAAGGACUGUGUUGCAGCACCGUGGCAAGAAGCCCACAGUGCGUCGUUGAGAGAAGAAACUCCAGCAGAGAGCGCAGCCCUGAAGGAGGAAGACGUCACCUCUGGCAGCCUCAUGGAUUCAGGUAGACGAAGUCCGGCCCCAGUCUCGACUGCAGCUGUCUCUGCAGACACUGCAGCAGGCCUGUGCACCAAGGAGGAAGAGGAGGCCUUGCGUGGAAAAGAAGCCAGAGAUGCUGACGCGAAAAGGACCUGCUUCCCCACAGCCAUUAAAGAGAAGGAGCAUCCAAAGGGCUCCGCUAUUCUGCCCAAAGGCCUGGACUGCUGCUCUUCUGGCUUUGAACUCUCUUCGCUAGGAAAGCACGAGCCGUCCAUUCUGCUCAGACAUGAAGCCCAUUCCUCAUCCCAGCUGUGGGACAGAGCUCACCCUCCAACCAUACCUGCUCAUAGCUCCUCGGAAAAGAGGGAUGCGUGUUUGGAAGUGUCGAGAAAGGUCCCACCGCCAGAUCCGAAUGAAAGAGAGAUCCGUGGGGCUCCCCCGGAGGAAAAGCCAGGCAGGGCAUCAUUGCCCCCUCCUGCAGAGGCUGAGAAAACGUCCCCGGAGGCUUCCCCUCUAGCGAGUCAGGCCUCAAGGGAGAGCGCCUCUCCCAGCGUCCUGCCAGGAGCAGCUGCCCUGGAGCUGGAGCCCUGGCGCCUGCAGGGUGUCUCUGCAUUGCUUCCGGAAGGUUCCACACAGGCAUUGGCCAGGGAACCGGGCAAGGUUGCCUCUCCCAGCACAGCGAGUGGGAGCCCCCCGCACACACCGUCCACGACCCCCCAGCCCCUGGGAUGGGGGUGCACAGUGAGCUGCGCGGUGUCACAGCUGCCGAGCCCUGGAAUGUGGCCAGCAGACGCAUCCCUCCCAGGCAUCCCGGCACCUUCUCCCUGGCAUCAGCAGGCCUUUGCCACCGCCAAUGGCCCCACAGAGGUGAACACUGGCCAGCCUGCUUUCCAGGGUGUGCUGCACAGCACAGAGGAAGCAAGGGGGAGGACUGACGAGGAGGAGAGCUGCAAAAGGCGAAGCCCCCCCUCUUCCCUCCUAACUCCCCCACCCUUUUCCCCAGACACUCAGCAGGGCAGCCAAGCAGAGGACCGCGGGGAUGUCUCCCUUGCGUUGGACUCGUGCUUGGGAGCUACCUCAGAAUAUGGGCAGAAGUUCUCCUCUGAGUAUAAACAGAGGAGGGGUGAAUUAUCCCCUUCGUUCAUCAACCCAAGUCCUCACGAUUCAUCGGCAGAAGACAGUGAAUUCUCACAGGCCGAAGAUCAUCCUUCAGUGAAGGGGAAGCCUCAUUCUGUUCCCGCUGGCCACAGACAAGCCCCCACCAUGGUGGAAGAAACGCCUCCCACCUCGGCAAGCGACUCUGGAACCUCUCAGUCGGACUCGGACGUUCCUCCAGAGACAGAGGAUUGCCCCUCCAUCACAGCGGAUGCCGCCAUGGACUCGGAUGAAGACGCCGAUUUCCUCCCAGUGGACAAGGCUGUGGGCAGCUCACACCACAGCAGCAGCAGCAGCAGCAGCACGAGGCCUGGCCACGACCCACAGCCCGCUUCCCAGGUGGACCCCCAUCCCCACCCUCCACACCCAGACGUCUGCAUGACGGACCCUGAGAUGCUGCUGAAUGAGCAGAACAUGACUAGGCCAGAAAAGCUGACCAAGAAGGACCUGAAGGAGAAAACCAAAGGCGUGAGGAAGUCACAGGGCAAGCCGAAGGCCCUUUCCCCGGCUCGGAAGCCAGAGAAAUGGUCACCCAGCCCCAUGAAGCCACUAUCAGACCGGUCUGCGAAGCCGUCCUUGGCAAGGAAAGAGAGACUGCCCAAGCCCCACGUGGAAGAGAAGGAUGAGGGCUCCCGAGGUGGCCAUGCCAACCCAGCCAAGGGCCUCACCAGUGGCCCCAAAGCAAGUUCAGCUUCCGGCAACCCCAAAAGCAGCUCCUCGGGGCCUGUGGGGCUCCCCAUCUACGUGGACCUGGCCUACGUCCCCAACCACUGCAGCGGGAAGAACACAGACCAGGAGUUCUUUAAGAGGGUGCGAGCAUCGUACUACGUCGUGAGCGGGAACGACCCCAGCAGUGGGGAGCCCAGCCGGGUUGUUCUGGACGCCUUGCUGGAGGGAAAGGCCCAGUGGGGGGAGAACCUGCAGGUAACGCUGAUCCCGACGCACGACACGGAGGUGACCCGGGAGUGGUACCAGCAGACCCAUGAGAAGCAGCAGGAACUGAGCAUCAUGGUCCUGGCCAGCAGCAGCACUGUGGUGAUGCAGGACGAGUCCUUCCCCGCCUGCAAGAUUGAAUUCUGA